AUGGCUCCGGACGAGCGUCGCCGCGCGCCCGCCGCCGUGGCCACCGCCGCCGCCGCGAUCGUCGCGUCCACCGUGAUGUCGCCCCUCGCCGCGCACAGCGCGGACCUCAUCUCGGAGUUCAACGCGAGCGGCAUCGUCUUCAAGGACGCCGUGCAGGUGGAGGCCCUUCGGGACCCGCUGGUCGACGGCGUCACAAUCUACCUCUCCGACUUUAAGCGUUCCUUCUCGGCCAAGGCGCAGAGCGGCGACUUUUUCAGCGAGCCGUCCCAGACGGCUCUCGCGUGCGUGCGAUCGGAGAGCGCCGCCGGGGUGACCAUCAAGGGAGACAUCGCCGGGUUCCAGGGUCAGGAGGUGUUCAGCGAGCGUAAGAACCUGAACCUCCUGAACAACAAGACCCUUCGAGUGCGUCGAAUCUACGACCAAGGAAACAACGCCUUGGUGUACGUGUCUUACAGCACGCGGACGGCGAGCACGAGCAACGACGGCGGGCCGAGCGCGGGGCAGUAUCACACGAACAUCUGCACGGUGCCGCUGCGACCCGGGGAGGCGCCGGGAGCGGCGGCGGGGGCGGCGGGGGCGGCGCCGUAG